CUCCAAAUUGACACUUUAUAAAAACCUUCUGUACUUUUUUCCCCCUCCCUCUCUCCCUCUCUACUACCUCCAAGAUGGUAGGAAAGUUGUUGUUUUGGAGGGCAGAGGAGCCGCUCUCUGAUGUUAUGUCCUCUCGGUGCCUGUAGUGGUGCUAUAGGAGGCUGCUGGCUCUCUUCUUGAGCAGCCCCAGCAGCCCUGCCUUCUUUGCUGGAGAAUAUAUUCAGGGAUUCCCCUUAAUAAUCACCUACCCUCUGAGCACUUUGUAGUUUUAAAAUAAUAAAGAGCCCCCAAAGCUUCCUCCCCACAAAAAGCAGGAUCUUCUCAGAGACAGGGGGGCAGCAGCUCCUCAGCACAGAGCCCGAGCACAUUCCCAGUCCCUCUGCUGGGGAGGAAACUCUGAUCUGUCAGCCCAACAGAGGGAAAGGGGGGAGAGGAGAGAGAGGAGGGAAAAAAAAGCAGCUGGAAAGGGAAAAGAACGUCUGGUAGUUGUGAAGUGAGUGCACUGGAAGACCCACCAAGGCGCUUCACCCCGCACAGACAAUCUGCUUCAUCUUGGUUCAUCAUCAUUCCAGGAUAGUGGUGUCCUUGGGGCUCUCUCUUAACACUGACAUGGUACAGAAGAUUUAAAAUCAGCUGAUGUUCACAAGGAAUAGAGUCACGUGAUGUAUGAAGGCAAACACAUACACUUCUCUGAGGUUGACAAUAAGCCCUUGUGCUCAUACAGCCCCAAACUGUGCAAGCAGAGGCGACUUAACGGCUACGCCUUCUGUAUCAGACACGUUCUGGAGGACAAGACUGCCCCCUUCAAGCAAUGUGAAUAUGUGGCCAAGUACAACAGCCAACGCUGCACCAACCCCAUCCCCAAGUCUGAGGACCGUAGGUACUGCAACAGCCACCUGCAGGUACUUGGCUUUAUACCGAAAAAGGAGAGGAAGAAAAAGAAUGAUCCCAUAGAAGAGGUGAAGGUCAGGCAUCAGAUGGAUGCUAUGGCCUUCAGUCUGACAGUGCCCACCCUGGCCUUGAAGAUGCCCAAUGGACUGGAUGGGAUGUCCCUCUCCCCUCCAGGGGCAAGGCUUCCUCUCCACUACCUGGAGGCAGAAUUAGAAGACCCCUUUGCUUUCAAUGAGGAGGAUGAUGACCUAAAGAAAGGGGCAACAGUGAAGAAAAAGUUGCAGAGCAAGUUGGCUCAAAACCGGCAGCGCCAGAGAGAGACAGAGAUUUUAAAAGUUCGCCAAGAGCACUUUAGCCCCAUUCCUGCACCUUUGCAGCAGCAGCCUCUGCAGCAGCAGCACUCCCAUCUGCCACCUUCAUCAGCUUCGUUAAAGCCGACAGGGCUACCGCAGGGCAUAGUCUGCAAGUCACCUCAACCUCUGAACACCAGCCUACCAAUGCAGGGAGUGGCACCCACCACACACACUAUAGCACAAGCACGGCAGUUGUCCAACAAGAGACCUCUGCCUCUCCUGCCACCCGCCAGGGCUCCUGUCACGGAGCCGCCCAGGACUGACCGGGUCCUCAUGAAAGCCACAGCCUUCUCUCCGCACUCGUCCUGCAUGAGCCGGCUCCAGAGACUGGUGAAACUGUGCACUCGAAAACAGCAGCUGGACACUGAUCUGUUUCCUCACUUAGGACUGGAUUGGUCUGAAGACAGUGGAGAAGAGUUGGAGGAUUCAGAGCAAACCUCCCCUUACCAGGUUGCGUGGUCUAUCCGAGAAAGCCUCGGCUACGAGAGACCUGAGUCGGAUGAUGACAAUGCAGAUGACAGGAGUUCCAGGGUGACCAGACUUUGCACUUACUUUCAGCAGAAAUACAAGCACCUGUGCCGCCUGGAGCGGGCAGAAUCCCGGCAGAGGAAGUGCCGGCACACGCUGCGGAAAGCCCUGCUGCAGGCGGCCAGCAGAGAGCCGGAGCGCGCGGGGCAGCUCCUGCGGGAGCUCCGCAGAGCCACCUGUGCUUGUACCAGCACAAGCCAAGCAAGGCAGAGAGAUGCAGAGCCAACAACCUGCAGUGGGACUUCGAAGGGAGAGCAGUGCACUAACAAGGCCCUUCCAUUCACCAGGCACUGUUUUCAACAUAUCUUAUUGAACCGUUCUCAGCAGCUCUUCUCGAGUUGCACAGCCAAGUUUGCAGAUGGUCAACAGUGCUCUGUGCCAGUUUUUGACAUUACACAUCAGACACCUCUGUGCGAAGAACAUGCCAAAAAAAUGGAUAAUUUCUUGAGAGGGGACAGCUCCCGUAAAGUUCAGCACCAGCAGCAGAGGAAACCCAGGAAAAAAACAAAGCCGCCUGCACUUACCAAAAAACACAAGAAGAAGAGAAGGCGAGGCCCACGCCGGCCCCAGAAACCCAUUCCUCCUGCAGUGCCCCAAGGGAACCUCACCAUGCCUGCCAGUGUCUCACUGCCAGUAGAGAUACCCCACAUACGGAGCCCCUCCACACCAGAGCUCAGUGCUGAUGAGCUGCCUGAUGAUAUCGCCAAUGAAAUCACAGACAUUCCACAUGACUUGGAAUUGAAUCAGGAGGACUUCUCUGAUGUCCUGCCACGGCUGCCCGAUGACUUGCAAGAUUUUGAUUUCUUUGAAGGUAAAAAUGGAGAUCUUCUUCCGACCACAGAAGAGGCUGAAGAACUGGAACGGGCCCUACAGGCUGUAACUUCCCUUGAGUGCCUGAGUACCAUUGGAGUACUUACACAGACAGAUGGUGUGCCAGUUCAGGAGCUGUCAGAUAGAGCGAUAGGGGUGUUCUCUACAGGUGCUGGAGCUCCAGGAAUGCAGUCCUUGAGUCGAGAGGUUAACACGGAUCUGGGGGAGCUGUUGAAUGGGCGUAUAGUACAUGAUAAUUUCUCCGGUCUGGAGCUGGAUGAGAACUUGCUCCGUUCUGCUACCUUGUCCAACCCACCUACGCCCCUGGCAGGGCAGAUCCAGGGGCAGUUCUCAGCCCCAGCCAACGUUGGCCUUACUUCUGCCACUCUGAUAAGCCAGAGUGGCCUUGGGGAGAGAGCCUUCCCGGGACAGUUUCAUGGACUUCAUGAUGGCAGCCAUGCCUCCCAGAGGCCCCACCCUGCCCAGCUGCUGAGCAAGGCAGAUGACCUGAUCACCUCACGACAGCAAUACAGCAGUGACCAUUCACACUCCUCACCCCAUGGAAGCCAUUAUGAUAGUGAGCAUGUGCCGUCUCCCUACAGUGACCAUAUCACAUCCCCUCACACCACAUCCUUUUCUGGUGAUAACUUGGCAGCUACCUUCUCAGCAGAGAUGCCCAUGAUGGCACAGCACUUGCUCCCAACUCAGCUGGAUGUGCCACUUAGCGGGGUGGUCAACCCCAGAACUCACUGGGGAAAUCUUCCUGUCAAUCUUGGGGACCCCUCUCCGUUUAGCAACCUUCUUGGUGCAGAUGGACACCUCCUGUCCACCUCCCUGUCCACACCACCUACCACCUCGCACUCAGAGACCACACAGCCUGCCUUCGCCACUGUGACCCCCAGCAGCUCCAGUGUGCUUCCGGGGUUACCGCAGACCAGUUUCAGUGGCAUGGGUCCUGCCUCCGCUGAGCUCAUGGGCUCCACCUCCCCCAAACAGCAGCUCCCUCAGUUCAGCGCAGCCUUUGGGCACCAGCUGAGCUCCCACAGUGGCAUUCCCAAGGACCUGCAGCCCAGCCACAGCUCCAUAGCUCCUCCCACGGGCUUCGCAGUGACCGGUGCCACCGCUACCAGUACCAAUAACGCAUCCGCGCCCUUCACCACCUCCAACUGAGCUUGUCUGCCUGGCUCCCUGCAGGAGAAAUACCAGUGCAUCACUAUUGUGUUUCAUUUUAACAUACUUUGUGGAGGAUGGAUGUUUUUAUUGAAGAUGUCUGUAACCCGUCUAACUUAUUUAAUGUGAGAAGCCUUCAUUGGAAUCUAUCGUCUGUUUGUUUCCAACAAGUUCAAGUUUCUGCAACUGUUUUUUCACCAACACGUUAAAUACUUCCCCUCUUAUUUUAUGCCUGAGGUUUUAAAAUUUGGGUUUGUUUUUUGGGUUUUCCCCCUCCAAUUUCCAAAAAUGUUUAUCUGCAAGUGGAGCAAAACAGAUGUCAGAAGCUCAACCAAUAUCCUUUUUGCAGCUAAGGGUAAAUAUAUUUAUCCUAGACUUAAUAAAAGAAGGUGGCAAAUGGACAAUCUGAAGUGCUUAGAGGGAAUGCUCUCUCUUUUUAAGGCUGUCUCCGAGAAGUUUGUGUUUGGUGUCAUUUUAAAGGUAGCUUGAUCAUGCUUUGAUAUCAGAAACAGCCUUGUAACAAAGAGCCUCAUACAGUUGUUCGGUCACUAGAGUUUAAAAUGUAAACAAGUUGCAGUGGGAAAGCAAAGGUGAGGCAGUGUAUUUUGAACCAGUGAAUUGUAGCUUGCAAACGUACCUGAUUUUGAAGUAACUGCAUGGUAGCAAGGAUUAGCAGUCUCUUACACCCCUUCCUUCCCUCUCAUCCCUGACACAUGUGUUCAGCAUACCAUACAUUGGGAAAAAUAAGCAACUUCUCCUGCAACGCUAAUCCACUUAAUGACUGCUUAAAGGGAACAUACAAACGGGCAGCACCACGUCCCGUCUCAUGGUAUUAGCUGGAAGCCUGGCUAAUACGCACAAACAGCCCAGCCCAGCUUGCUUCUGUGGAUGUGUCGCUUUGGGGGAGUGUGGUGCACAGAGGUGUCUGAGAAGGGCUCCUUCCUUCAGGGUCCCUGGCAGCAAUGGCAACUCGCACCACUGCUUCUAGUGCUGGAGGCUCACGGACAGCAUUCCAGGGGCGGGGAGGAAAGCUUGUGUUUGUACUUUCCCUUUAAAUAGGAAAGGUUGGCUCACAUGUUCCUCAUACUUCUCAAUGAAUGUACUGUAUUACCAUUUAAAAAAAAAAUCAAUUAAAUGAUAAUAGAUUGGUCUCCUUUUGUUAUCUGGUCCUUGUUUAAUUUGUUUAAGGGUUUUUGUAUACAAAAGUUUACAUUUUUAUGUAUAUUUUUCUUGUGUAAAAACUGAUGUAAUAUGUGUAUAAAACACUGUAUGUAUUAUCUGUAUAUAGUGUGACAAAAUGAUUUUCUUUCUUUCUUUUGGAUGUAUUAAUAAAUCUUGCUGUGAAGUAGCUGUGUUUACUAUGAUGAAACCCUCUUCUUCAAGCCAUUUUGCCAAGUCCGAGAUGUAUGAGUAUUG